AUACUUCUUAUCAUCUUACAACCAUGCAUACAGGUAGUGCAGGGGGGCUUGGUUUCUUAUCUUCAACAUGACACCAGGUCUGUGAUCUAUGGAAUACUAGCAUAAGAUGUUCAAAUAUCUCGGAGUGUUUUGUAUGUGUUUCCUGCUUAUCGGGGUGCGGGGAAGUUUUCUUGACGACUUGAAGAAUUUUGGAAAUCAGGCUCUUCAUACAGCUUUGGAUACCCUGUCAUCUGAUGGCGUCAAAACUCUGGUGUCCACUGCAGUGAGCACGGCAGGAACAGCACUCCUAUCAUCGCUGUUUGGAAAGAGGGCAACAGCUGAAGAGAUGAACCAGGCCCUGGAGCUCUUGAAACAGGAAGCGGAAACAGUUCGCCAGAUUUUCCAUAGUUACGGUGCUCAAUUACAGACAGUAUACGACAAAAUUCAGGACAUGAGUUUCUUGGAACAUAAUGCCCCGGAGUUCCUUGAUAACAUUGCUAAACUCAAGGGUCAAUACAAUGAAAUUCUUGAUAGAGUUGUGAUGAACUUCCACCAGAAGAUGAACCAGAUGGAGCACUCAAGAAAGAGAGCUCUGUUGGACGGCUUCGCUGCAGCUCUCCAGAAUACUGUCAACCAGCUCAAACAGACAUUCAGUGGUGUUGCUGACGUUCUACAUGGAGGCGGAUCUGGUCUUCUGACUCAACUGACCCAGCACCUUUCUGGAGCAACUGGUGGUCUGAGUUCUCAUUUGUCCUCUCUGAAGGAGACCGCGGCUCAGCUGUUGGCCACUGGACAGGAGACCUUGCAAGGCGUCCACUCGUCGGGAGCCUCUACCCUCGAUCAGCUACACACUGGUUUGACCGGGGCUGGAUCCCAGCUGGUGGAUACAUUGUUGCACCCCGCGGGUAGUGAUGCAUAAUCGACAAGUUCUCUUUACUAUGGAAGAGCAGAUAUAUUCUUAAUUAAAACAUUUCUGUUAUGUGA